AUGGAUCCUCCCAAGACUGAGGCCAUUUUCAAUGAGCGCUUCGUCAAGAUCAUCUGCGUUGGCGCUGGCGCAGAUUUCUCCUCGGUUCUUGCUAGCUCCGACGAGAUCAAGGAAUAUUUCGAGGGCUUUGCUGUCAAGUAUGGUCUGCUCAAGCAUAUCAAGACCGAGCACCAAGUUGUUGAGACAUCUUGGGACCAAGCAAAAGGCCAGUGGAACGUCAAAGUUACAGACCUGAAGUCCGAUACGACAACAGAAGACUGGUGCCAUAUUCUUAUUCAUGCGACCGGAUACUUGAACAAACCAGCCUGGCCGUCCGUGCCAGGACUCGAGAAGUUCAAGGGGCCAAAACUUCACAGCGCCAAGUGGGAUAAAAGUGUAUCACUUGACGGCAAAGAUGUUCUGUUGAUAGGGUCCGGCGCAUCAAGUGUGCAGAUUCUACCCACGAUCCAACCUCGUGUCAAGUCCGUGAAGGUCUUUGUUCGAACACCUCGAUGGACUCUACCCUCUGUCAAUUCAAAGAAGGGCAAAUUCUCCCCAGAAGAGAUUGAUAAAUUCGUCAGCGAUCCAGAUUCGGUCAUGAAGCUACGGCUGGAAAAUGAGCGAACGCUGAACAGCUUCUUCACUAUGUACAUGAAGGGAACCGUCCUUCAGAAGCAAGCUCGCGAGCAUUUGGAGAGCGAGAUGAAGAAGGUGGUCAUUGAUGAACAAGUUCAGAAGAAGCUUGUCCCUGACUUUCCAGUCGGAUGCAAGCGCAUUCUCCCUUCUGGUGAUCAGUUUCUUUAUGCGAUCAAGAAUGACAACGUCCAAGCGAUUUACUCUGGAGUCAAAGAAAUUACAGAGACAGGCUGUAUAAGUGAUGAUGGGCAGCACUACAAAGGCGAUGUCAUCAUUGCAGCCACUGGCUUCGAUACAUCCUUCAUCCCUCGGUAUCCCAUCCAUUUCAAAGGGCACAACCUCCAAGAAGAUUGGAGUACUUCUAUUACAGGAUACAUGGGAGUCGGCAUCUCCGAGUGUCCCAACUCAUUCACCCUUGCGGGUCCAUGGUCACCGAUCUCCAACGGCCCCGUCAUCGCUCCCAUAGAAGCUCAGGCGGACUUUGUCUGUGCUUUUAUCGACAAGUACCAAACUGAACCCGGCAUGCAUAGCAUGAGUCUCAAGGCAGCAGCAUGCUACGACUUCAAGAGCUACAUGGCGCAGGUUACUCAGAAGAUGGUAUGGUCUGAUAACUGCCGACACUCACACAACAUCAAGCCGAACUGGGGUCAGUCUUCAAUCACGUGGCCUGGAUCUACGCUGCACUACUUGGAAGCGAUGCGGGAACCUCGCUUUGAGGACUAUGACUUUGAGUACAGUGGGAAUCGGUUUGCCUGGCUGGGUAAUGGGCUAUCUCAGACUGAGUGGGAUCCCACGGCUGAUUUAGCAUACUAUGUAAGAGAUGAGGAUGACGGAAGGCAUUUGAGUAGAAGUGCGAGGACAAAAGCCAUUUCAAAGAGUGGAAGCCAGCCCCCGAGAGAACUUCAUCGACAGGCUAAGCUUGCAGCCAAGAGCUAG